GUCGUUUGUUCCAAUGCCGAAAUUAGCCCAAGACCCAAACCGUAAAGAUGGAAAUGGCUCUCAGGCGCUCAAUCAAGCACAGAAAUCGCUGACUUCUCCAGCGGAUUCAAAGCUAUUUGGGUGACUUCUUUAUGGCUCAGAAAGUUGAGAGAAACAAGAAAAUGGUUCGCAGAAAGGCUGAUGAUCACUGGGCUUUUCUGGAAGAAAUCGAAGCACCUAUGUGGGUAGAUCUCACUCUAGAAGCUAACUUUAACAACAAAGACACCAAUGAUGAGUGGUUCCUCGCAAGCCACCCGUUCCACCAGCGUUCUUCUCACCAAUUAAAAUCUGCAUUUUCUCAUUCUGGUGAGGGUAUUACAUCCUCAGACUCUGACUUACAGGGAUCAACUUCGCCAAAAAUUCCACUGUCAGUCUCAAGAUCAAGAGGCAAAGACUACAGCAGCAAGAAAUGGAAAGCAGAAAAUCAUGAUUUCUUAUCAAGUAAGAAGCAUCCAAUUAAGGUUUUAAGUGGGAAAUCUUAUUUGGUGGAUCCACAAUGUGGUGAGAAAAUAAAACCUAAAUCAAGCUUUAUAAAUUUAAAAGGAACUUCAAGGUCAAAAUCAGGUUUCGUUUGUGAAAGCAGUCUAACUGGAAAUACCAUACCGAGUUGCUCUAAACCCGUAUCCACUUGCGGUGAUCCUGCAAGUAGGUUGAGUUCUAUGGGAAACAAAACUUUUGAAAGCAGUACAAGAAGCACCAUUACAUCUCAGAGCAGUCAGCAACAAGAUCAGAAUUACACGGAGGUAUCCUCUAUGUUGUCAGAUAUGAGGAUUAGUCUUAGGAAAAGCUGUAUUACAAGACAAGCACCAAGGGUGGAGAUGAAUAAUGAUAAAAGGCUGUCAAGAGGCUGCAAAUCAUCAACUGGCAAGUCCAGUGUGGGUUCAUCAUCAAACCCAUGUUAUGAUGUUAAGAGCUCAACAUCUACAUCACUACGUCAGAAAGGAAUAAUCCCAGAUAGCAGAAAUGUAGUGAGGAUGACUUAUGCAGCAAUGAACAAGGUAAAAAAAUUUAGUGUAUACAGGGAUUCAACCAUUAAAGUUGAAGAAGUGAGCUCCAGUUCUAGAAGGGGAACUAAAAUCAAUGUCGUAAAGUCAGUCCACCAGGAAGCUGCAAAACCAAAGGUUCGAUUUCAGACUGUACAAGCAAGAGCUUUGGUGCCACUUAGAGUUAAUGAGCAAGAGUCGUCUAUGAAAGCAGGCAGGUUUAAUAGAUUGGCAGGUGCUGGAAAAGAGAAUGCUACAGGGAGAUUGACUGUGAGUCAGAAAUGCAGUGGCAAAGGCAUUGCUGCUGUAGCCAUGAUUAAGGAUCAGAAAGCGACAAAACAGAGUGUUCGACAUAGGGGUGGAGCAGGAUUGGUUGCUUCACAGGGAAGAGUCACCGUUCGGUCCGAAGAGAAUCAGCAUGCGAAGGUGACCCAAAGGGGGGGAACGAAGAAAAUAAUAAACCCGAGACGGCCUAUCUUCGAUGAGAGAGCAGGGCAGCACAACGGGUUGUGUAUAGUACAAACCUAACAUCUUUCUUACAUGGAGUGAAACAAUUACAAGUUUUGCUCCUUUUUCUUAGAUUUGGGUGUCAACUUUUGGUGUUUUUUCGGCUUUAAACAUCACUGAGACAUCUCUGAUAUUCACUGAGACAUCUCUUUGCGUGCUGCUUUAUGUUUUCUAAUUGUAUAUUCCUUUUGAUUGUCAUCAUCAUAAUUUUCAACCUCCUGUUGACUUGAAU